ACCACCAUUGUUGUUGAAAACUCAGUUUAUUAGUUGAGUCAAAUCAAACCCAGAUCUUUCAGAUUGCAAGAUGGGUCUCAAAGGUUUCGUAGAAGGAGGAAUCGCCUCGAUCAUUGCAGGGGUUUCGACCCACCCACUCGACCUCAUCAAGGUCCGGAUGCAGCUCCAGGGAGAGUCCCAUGUCCCCAACCGAGCAACCAUUCAGACUCUACGUCCUGCUUUGGCCUUCAACGGCUCCUCUGCAACCGUCGCCGCUCCAAGCAUCAUACACGCUCCUCCGCCAUCUCUACCACCUCGAAUGGGCCCCGUCGCCGUCGGCGUCAAAAUCUUCCAGACUGAAGGUGUCGCCGCCCUCUUCUCCGGCGUUUCUGCAACCGUCCUCCGUCAGACACUUUACUCCACCACUCGCAUGGGGCUCUACGACGUUCUCAAGCAAAAAUGGACCGACCCCAACUCAGGAAACAUGCCACUCUUGCGCAAGAUAUCAGCAGGCCUCAUCGCCGGCGGAAUCGGCGCUGCCGUCGGCAACCCAGCUGAUGUGGCCAUGGUGCGCAUGCAAGCCGACGGGCGGCUGCCGGCGGCACAGCGCAGGAAUUACAAGAGCGUUGUGGAUGCGAUCACGCAGAUGACGAAACAAGAAGGGGUCACCAGCCUGUGGAGAGGUUCGUCGUUAACGGUGAACAGGGCCAUGAUCGUGACUGCAUCUCAGUUGGCCACGUACGAUCAGGUGAAGGAGAUGCUAAUUGGGAAUGGUGUGAUGAAGGAUGGGCUUGGUACCCAUGUGACUUCGAGCUUCACUGCUGGAUUUGUGGCUGCGGUGGCGUCGAAUCCGGUGGAUGUAAUUAAGACGAGGGUGAUGAACAUGAAGGUGGAGGCAGGGGCGGAGCCGCCCUACACCGGUGCCAUGGAUUGUGCCUUGAAGACUGUAAGGGCUGAGGGACCAAUGGCUCUGUAUAAGGGUUUCAUUCCAACGAUCUCGAGACAGGGCCCGUUCACUGUGGUGCUGUUCGUGACACUCGAGCAAGUCCGAAAACUGCUCAAAGAUUUCUGAAUUCUCUGCUAGAUGAUGACGAAAAACAUUUACUCAUUUAAAAA